CACUCUCCCGGUUCCUUUUCUAUCUAAGAAAGUGAGCCGUACAUUCAAGCAAGAAAUCCUUUUCACACGGAAACCCAAGAACUGAAAGACCACAUUUCUUUUUAUCAUUGGAUAAGUAAUUUCUUGGAUAAAACUUAAUCACACCGUAGGACAGCUGUCUAACUCAUGAACUAUAUAGCAUCCUCUACUUUCUUUGGAUUAGAAUUCAAUUAACCAUAUUUCACCAAGGAAAAAAGAAUUCAAUUGACCACUUACGGGGACAAAAUGGCUGAAGCUUUACUUACUGUCACGUUUGAGAAUCUGAACUCGUUGAUCCAGAAAGGGUUUGGAUUGGUUUGGGGUGUCAACAAAGAGAUGGAGAAGCUGUCUAGCAUCCUCUCAACCAUGUGUGCUGUGCUUGAAGAUGCAGAGGAGAGGCAGUUAAGAGACAGGGCAAUCAAGAAUUGGCUGCAGAAACUUAAAGAUGCUGCAGAUGCUGCAGAUGAGUUGGAUGACAUCUUGGAUGAGUGUUCAAUGGAGGCAUCACUACUGGAGUACAAAAGGCAGAGCUCUAUAUCAACCCAAAAGGUAAGAGCUUCUUUCUUCUCCUGUUUCAACCCAAAAAAUACUCUGUUUCGUUUCAGAAUUGCAAAACGGAUGGAAGAUGUUUCAGAUAGGUUGGAUGCAAUUGCUAGUGAGCGAAUGAAAUUUCACUUGCGUGAGGUUGUCCAGGAAAGGCAUCUCCAAGUAAGAGACAAACGCCAAACUGCCUCCAUUGUUGAUGAGAAACAUGUGUAUGGAAGAGAAGGAGAUAAAGAUAAGAUUGUGGAGUUUUUGGUUGAUAAUUCAAGAAGUUCCAAAGAUCUGUCUGUCUAUCCUAUUGUGGGCAUGGGGGGCAUGGGAAAGACUACCCUUGCUCAGCUGGUGUACUAUGAUGCAGGGGUUAGCAGGCAUUUUGAGAUUAAAAUUUGGGUAUGUGUUUCUGAGGACUUUGAUGUGAAAAGAUUGAUAAAAACUAUAAUAGAAUCUGCCUCUGGAAAUGCCUGUGAUGCUUUGGACAUGGAUCCUCUGCAGAAACGCCUCCAGAAGAUGUUGGAAAGAAAGAAGUUUUUAAUUGUUUUGGAUGAUGUGUGGAAUGAAGACCAAGAGCAAUGGGAAGCAUUAAGAAAUGUAGUUGCUUGUGGAUUAAAUGGUUCUUCGAUUGUAGUCACCACUCGUCUUAAAAAGGUUGCAUUGAUUAUGGGAACAGUUCCAAUGCAUCAGCUGUCUGUUUUAUCCGAAGAUGAUUGCUGGUUAUUGUUCAAGCAACGUGCAUUUGGUAACGAAAGUGAAGAGCGACAAAAUCUUGGAAAAAUUGGGAAGGAGAUUGUGAAGAAGUGCAAGGGAAAUCCACUGGCCGCAAAGGCUUUAGGAAGCUUAAUGCGUGAGGAAAAUGAGUGGCUUUUCGUUAUGGAAAGUGAACUUUGGAAUCUUCCACAAGAAGAAACUUCCAUCCUGCCAGCAUUAAGAUUGAGCUACUUUCAUCUACCUACAGAAUUACAGCAUUGUUUUGCUUAUUGUUCCAUAUUUCCCUAGGAUUUUGAAAUAAAAAAGGAAAAAUUAAUUCAUCUUUGGAUGGCUAAUGACCUUAUAUCUAUGAAGGGAAACAAGGAAGUGGAAGAGGUUGGCAAUGAGAUAUGUAAGGAAUUAUAUUGGCGAUCAUUCUUUGAAGGUGUUCAGAGUAACAAUGAGCGAUUUGACAACAUUUGUGGAUUCAAGAUGCAUGAUCUAGUGCAUGAUCUAGCUCGGUGUAUGAUGGAAGACGAAGCACGUGUUGUAGAAAUUGAAUGCCCUGUUAAUUUGUCCAGAGCUCGUCAUGUGACAUUUAAUUACUCUAACCAGGCAUUUGACAUGCUUUUUGCUUUUCAGAAAGCAGAAUGCUUGCGUACUUUAAUGUUGUCAAGGCAUGGUCCCUUUAGAAUUGAAGCGUGCAAGUUUCCUUGUCACUUGUAUUUUCCUUCUUUACGAGCUUUUGAUGCAAAAAGUUCUAUGUUGACAUCCG